AUGAUGUUCCAUGCAGUAAGUGACCCGAUCUGGUGUUGCGUUUUCUCGACCUCCCUGACGGGAGAGGCGUUGGACUGGUUCUCUGAGCUGCCAGCCAACAGCAUCGACUCCUUUGCCACUUUGAAAGCCAGGUUUAGCACGCAGUUUGCCUCCCUGAGGCCGGCUAUCCUGACGGUCAAUAACUUAGUAAACAUCCGACAGGAAGAUGGGGAGUCGCUGAGGAGUUAUCUCGAUCGGUACAACCGUAUGUCGGUCAAGAUAAAAGACCUCAGCGAUGAAAUCGCCCGACAUCACUUCUCAUAUGGGCUGCAGCCGGGUGUGUUUGCAGACAAGAUAAGCCGCAUGAAGCCGAAGAUGAUGGAGGAGAUGAGGGAACGAGCGGCCAAGUUCAUUCAGAUGGAGGACAUGCAGGAGUUUAGGGUAAAGAAGAGGGAGAAGAAAUAUGCAACAUCCCAGCAGAACGCCCCUCGACCGAGAAAACCCCUGGCCCGGCCCAACGAGAAGAAGAUGCCUAAGUUUACAACGUACACCCCCUUGGCCGUCCCCUGGGCGAAGAUUCUGCAGGAGACCUUCAGCGCCGACUCACUUCCAGCGUCCCGAAAGAAGCCCCACCUCCCGACGUCGAUGGCAGCAAACACUGUCAGUACCAUCGGAUGA